CGCACUCGUGGUGUCUGUGCCAGUGCGGCGAUGUGGUCAACUUGAUGAGACUUUACGCUAUGUACUCCAGCCAUCCCCUUUGCCCUCUUUGCCCUCCCUUUGUCCUGUGGCAGUGGCGAUGUUCAUUGAGGUGCAGCGCAUCUAGAUGAAUACAUAUAUCCCAAGAGCCGGCCUCGAAAGUCACAUCUGCGGCCAUCUACCACCACUCGACACCAACUAUGGCAUUCUCCGAACAACACCUGAAACGCGACACGAAAGCUUUAGCGGACAGCGUGCUUGAAGUGCAAAGGCUUGCGCAAACUGUCAAGGGUGAGGCGGGCAAGACGGGCUCAUCCGAGGCGACGAGAAAUUUGCCGCAGCUUCCGAUUGAGGUGUGGGAGAACGUGAUCGACCAUCUGUGGAAUGACCAGUGGACUUUGAGGCGGUGCAGGCUCGUCUGCCGAGCGUGGUACUCUCCAAGUCGCUUUCAUCUGGACCAGUGGGUCGACAUCAAUAACGGUGUCCAGGGUGUGAAGGCAUAUGCAAGGAUGCUGAAGCAGACACCCGAGCUGUCGAAGCGGGCGCGCGAGAUGUCCAUAUUGGGCAGCAUGUAUGCGGGGGAAAAUCGGCUCGUAGAUCUGUCCGCACUGUCGAUGGCGGCGAUCCUGCUCGCUCGCAAGCUGCCCCGGCUGGACCUGCUCAAAAUCAGGAAUACAGAGUGGAAGCCGUGGACGAUGCACAUAGAUAUCUUCCUGCAUCUCUCCGCCUUCUCCGUCACUCGUCUUGAUCUCCAUGGUGUUACGUUCCCGUCGAUCACUGUCUUCGGGCGCCUCGUGUGCGCACUGCGGGGUCUGGUCGAGCUCGAAUGCUGCGAUCUGGAAUUCAUACAUGAUUACUUCGACCAUGAUACGUUUGAUCUAUAUCACAACCGCGUCAGCAUCAGGUUUUUGACACUCGGUGAUGCUCUUAUGGGGUCUGAGAAACUCAUGGACUUCCUUGCUCAUCCUUGCAUCUCGAGUCGCUUGCAGAGACUCAACAUCGAUGAUUCACCUCUUGCAGCUGAACUACAACACCAAUGGAAAUACAAGCAACUAUUGGAUGCUGUAUCUGGCUCACUCCCAGAACUGCAAUUGGUCCUUCCAUACUCAGGACAACAGACACAUGCAGAGGUGUCGGCUGCAGGUGUGCACUCUAAGUUUAUGUAAGCAUUUAUGCUAAUCAGAGUCUCUCCAGGUUCAAUGCCAUCCUUCAUUGAUCAUACCUCACUGCAGAGACUGCAGCUAACCUUUGUUGGUUAUUCUCGAGGUUUCGAGAUUGACACAUUGUGUCAAGUCUUACUUUCAAUCAAGUCAGACCAGCUGCGAGAAAUUGUGAUAGUUCUCCGACAUGGUGCGAGAGUAGGGAGGGAUCGUGACAGUCAAAUGAAGGAGGAGGUGAAGAAACUCC